UAGUAAGCAACCUGAUCAGAAAUAAGAGGAAGAAACAGAGAAUCCCUCAAACCCAGAGGGAGAAAAUGAAGCGAUUGUUGCAAGAGUCAGAGGAAGAAAUCAUGGUCACCUUGGGACCCUCCUCCAGGACUUCCCCAGAUAAAGCUAAGGCAGAGACCAUGUGUGGCAUCAAGAGCAAGUCCUCAGGACCUGCUGAAUCCUUACCAGAGGACAGCUCCUUGCCCCCUUGCUGUGGGUCAACAGCCUCAGCCAUUAGUGGGGAGAGAGAGGGGGGCCUGGCCCCGUAUAGCAGCUUUGGACAGGAGGCCAGCAGUCCGCUUCCUCUGGGCUCCACAGCCUGUGCCUCAGGGUCUGGCUCUCAGGACCUCUCAUCUGCCAGCACUACCACCAGCUGUCAAGAGCCCUCAGAAGGGAAUCAAGCCAAGUUCCUUUUGUCCAGGGGCCAAGGCUGGAGCCUUGAACAACAAGAACCUUUGGGGGAUGUAGUGGACUAUAUAAUCAGAGAGCUGCAAGGCAUCAGUCGUCUCCAAACUGAGAUUGCUGAGCUGCAGCAGCACUUGAGCCAAGUCCAGGGUUCGGUGGAUGAAGUCUCUAGCUGUGUAGACUCAGUUCUGAGUGGAAUAGGCUUGCAGGUGGGCAGCAGCUCCCUUGCGAAGGUGUGUGCAGGAGGAGAGGUCCAGGAGCCCCAGGUGGAAAGGCUUCAUGAGGAAGCCAUUCUGUAUCUGUAUGGACUUCCUGAGCAAGAUGGGGAAAAUACCUUGGAGCUGGUGCACAGCUUCCUGGCCAAGCAUGUCUGUGUUAAUGGCAUGCAGUGCAAUAGGUACAUCAAAGAGGCUUAUAGGGCAGGCAGUGCCCAGGCCCCCAGGCCCACUGUUGUGAAGCUUGCUCAUGUGGAGCACAGAGACUUCAUCCUGCAGAAAUCCAUACUCUUGCAAAGUGUAGGGGUCCAGAUUGCCACCAAAGAAGAACCAAUCUGGCUACAGUGCUUUGGGGAAUGCAGUAAGCAUUCCCCAAAGGAGUCUCUAUCGUUUUUGCAGCAACAGCUUCAGGAUCAUAAUUCAAGUUACUUAAUCCCAGACAAACCAGUUCUUCAUGUCGAAAGAGAAGAUAGAGGACCCUUGAAUGGAGCAUAUCAGAUGAGGACCCAGAAUCAGCUUAGAGAACCCUUGAUCCCUGAGCAGCAAAGCCUUUGCUUCCCACCCAAGGACAAUGUAGCAAAGCCAAGUGAUUUGUCUAAACCAGAGGAUGAAGUAAAAGGAACACCAGAAACAUCCCAAGUCAUCAGUGGCAGCCGUGGUGAACUGACACAGAGAGAGGCUUCUCUGUCUGCCCUUCCUCAGUUAGAGGAACCUUCCCUAGUAUUAAUCUCAAAAGAGGAGGAUUCUGGGAAAUCCCAGGUUUUCACACCAUGUAGUCAAGGACUUGAAGCAUGUGAAGUAGCAAAAAGAGAAAACAACUACAGCGAUAAACGUGAGGACAGCAGCAGCCUGUCACUGUCUGGGUUGCUGAAGACAGAGGACAAGCUCCUGUCCUGUGAAGCCGGACUUGAUAUUCUGAGCUCAAAGCAGCUAGAGGACCUUUUGACAGACAAGUCCAGAAGGUUUGCAGCUCUGAGCUGUGACAGCAUGAUGGAGCAAAUUAUCAUAGGGCCUGAGACUCUCAGUGGCAUGGUUCCUAUUGACUUGAAUGAAGAGGAGGAAUGUGCUGCUCAAGUCCUUAAAGAUGUCUUUGAAAAGUCCUCUUGUGGUGUGGGUGGCUCGCAGGAGGAUGAAGAUGUAGAAAUUAAGUUUUAUACAAGUAAACUGGGCCGAGCAAUUCACCACUUUCGUUCAGCUCUGCAGGGCGUGUUUCAGAAGCUGGAGAACAGUGGGUCAGUCAGUCCUGAGGACCUGGAAAGCAAUGAGAGCUGUUCCCAGUCAGAGAACAGUGAUAGACUUCUCGGGACAACGAGUUCAGGGGGUGCCCAGGAUUUCUCUGUGGGGAGCCCUGGGAGCCAGGGGAGUGAGAGUUUGCUCAGUGUGGUCUCUGGGAGAGUGGGCAUCUCCACACAGGGAGACCAAACCUCUCAGGAUCCCAGCAACUUCUCUCUGGCUUCUCAUAACUCACCUCUUGCAUAUUCAUUGCCAGGUUUGACUCUGGCUCCAGGUCUGGAAAGUGAAACGUGUUCUAGGCCCGAAUCUCCCAAGCAGGGCAGACUAAGCUUAGAGCAAGUGUGUGCAGAGACCAUCUACCUCAACAAGUGCAUCAACAAUUUUAAAAAUGUUCUAAGAGAGAAAAGACUGAGGCAGAAAAAACUUUUGCAUGAUCUGGUCCAGAAGGCAAACCAUCUCUCGAUAGAAGACGUGCACCCAGAAGGAAAGCGAGGAGCCCUUCAGAUUCCAGAUGAUGGCGACUCCUCUUUGCCCCAGUGGCUCCCAGAAGGGCCAGCAGGAGGGCUCUAUGGCAUUGACAGCAUGCCAGAUCUACGCAGAAAAAAGACACUGCCACUUGUCAGCGAUCUGGCAAUGUCGUUGGUCCAGUCCCGGAAGGCAGGGAUUACUUCUGCAAUGGCUACCCGUACCUCUUUCAAGGAUGAAGAGCUGAAAUCCCAUGUGUAUAAGAAAACCCUGCAGGCCUUAAUCUACCCCAUCUCGUGCACCACACCCCACAACUUUGAGGUCUGGACUGCCACUACCCCGACUUACUGCUACGAGUGCGAAGGCCUGCUCUGGGGCAUUGCCCGGCAGGGCAUGCGCUGCAGCGAGUGUGGAGUCAAGUGCCAUGAGAAGUGCCAGGACCUGCUCAACGCUGACUGCCUACAACGGGCUGCAGAAAAGAGCUGUAAACAUGGAGCUGAGGACCGGACCCAGAACAUUAUCAUGGCCAUGAAGGACCGCAUGAAGAUCCGAGAGCGUAAUAAGCCUGAGAUCUUUGAAGUUAUCCGGGAUGUCUUCACUGUGAGCAAAGUUGCCCAUGUGCAACAGAUGAAAACAGUGAAGCAGAGUGUACUGGAUGGCACCUCCAAAUGGUCGGCCAAGAUUACUAUCACUGUGGUGUGUGCUCAGGGCCUGCAAGCCAAGGACAAGACAGGAUCCAGUGACCCUUAUGUGACUGUGCAAGUGGGUAAAACCAAGAAGCGUACCAAGACCAUUUUUGGGAAUCUGAAUCCUGUUUGGGAGGAGAAGUUCCAUUUUGAGUGCCACAACUCUUCUGACCGGAUUAAGGUACGUGUGUGGGAUGAGGAUGAUGACAUCAAGUCGAGAGUAAAGCAGCGGCUAAAGCGAGAGUCUGAUGAUUUUCUUGGCCAAACCAUCAUCGAGGUUCGGACACUGAGUGGCGAGAUGGAUGUCUGGUACAACCUGGAGAAGAGGACAGAUAAAUCAGCCGUCUCAGGGGCUAUUCGACUACAAAUCAAUGUGGAAAUCAAGGGUGAGGAGAAGGUUGCCCCGUAUCAUGUGCAGUACACGUGUCUCCAUGAGAACCUUUUCCAUUACCUCACAGACAUUCAGGGCAAUGGAGGAGUCCAGAUCCCUGAGGCCCGAGGAGACGAUGCCUGGAAGGUGUACUUUGAUGAGACUGCCCAAGAAAUUGUGGAUGAAUUUGCUAUGCGCUAUGGCAUCGAAUCCAUAUAUCAGGCCAUGACGCACUUUGCAUGUUUGUCAUCCAAGUACAUGUGUCCUGGUGUGCCAGCAGUGAUGAGCACCUUACUCGCCAACAUCAAUGCCUACUAUGCCCACACAACUGCCUCCACCAAUGUCUCUGCAUCUGAUCGCUUUGCAGCCUCCAACUUUGGGAAAGAGAGAUUUGUGAAACUACUGGACCAGCUCCACAACUCCCUGAGAAUUGACCUCUCUACAUACAGGAAUAAUUUCCCUGCUGGGAGUCCUGAGCGGCUUCAAGACUUAAAGUCCACAGUGGAUUUGCUGACCAGCAUCACUUUCUUCAGGAUGAAGGUGCAAGAACUGCAGAGCCCUCCAAGAGCCAGCCAGGUGGUAAAGGAUUGUGUGAAGGCCUGUUUGAACUCCACAUAUGAGUAUAUCUUCAACAACUGCCAUGACUUGUACAGCCACCAGUAUCAGCUGAAGCAGGAACUACCUGCCGAGGAACAAGGGCCCAGCAUUCGGAACCUGGAUUUCUGGCCCAAACUUAUCACACUCAUUGUGUCAAUCAUAGAGGAAGAUAAGAAUUCCUACACACUUGUUCUGAACCAGUUUCCUCAGGAGCUGAAUGUGGGAAAAGUCAGCGCAGAAGUGAUGUGGCAACUUUUUGCCCAAGACAUGAAAUAUGCACUGGAGGAGCAUGAGAAAGACCGGCUGUGUAAGAGUGCUGACUACAUGAACCUGCACUUCAAGGUGAAGUGGCUCCACAAUGAAUAUGUGCGGGAUCUGCCUGCCCUCCAGGGGCAGGUACCUGAGUACCCAGCGUGGUUUGAGCAGUUUGUCCUACAAUGGCUGGAUGAGAAUGAGGAUGUAUCCCUGGAAUUCCUACAUGGGGCCCUGGAACGAGAUAAGAAGGAUGGGUUCCAGCAGACAUCAGAGCACGCACUCUUUUCCUGCUCUGUGGUGGACGUCUUCACACAGCUCAACCAGAGCUUUGAGAUCAUCCGAAAGCUGGAAUGCCCAGACCCCAACAUCCUUGCCCACUACAUGAGGAGAUUUGCUAAGACCAUCAGGAAGGUGCUGAUGCAGUAUGCAGACAUCUUAUCAAAGAACUUCCCAGCUUAUUGCACAAAAGAGAAAAUGCCCUGCAUCCUGAUGAACAACAUGCAGCAACUGAGGGUCCAGCUGGAGAAAAUGUUUGAGGCCAUGGGAGGCAAGGAGUUGGAUCCUGAAGCUGCCGACAGUCUGAAGGAGCUGCAGGUGAAACUGAAUACAGUUCUGGAUGAGCUCAGCAUGGUGUUUGGAAACAGUUUCCAGGUGCGGAUCGAUGAUUGCAUUAAACAAAUGGCCGACAUCCUGAGCCAGGUGCGGGGCCCAGGGAACGCAUCCCCCAACGCCAGGGCCUCAGUGGCUCAGGAUGCAGAUAGCGUGCUCCGACCUCUCAUGGACUUCCUGGAUGGCAACCUCACCCUCUUUGCCACUGUGUGUGAGAAGACGGUCCUGAAGCGUGUGCUGAAGGAGCUCUGGCGGGUGGUAUUGAACACAAUGGAAAGGAUGAUUGUUCUGCCCCCACUCACUGACCACACGGUAAGGACACUUCCCUUCAACUUCCUUCUGCUGUCUCCCUUGCCUCGCUCCACGCUUCCUGCUCAAGUUUGGAGUCUUCGGCUUUUGACUGAUUCCCUCUCUGCCCAGGGCACUCAGCUGAUCUUCACUGCUGCCAAGGAGCUGAGCCAUCUUUCCAAACUCAAGGACCACAUGGUGCGAGAGGAAACACGGAGUCUCACUCCAAAGCAGUGUGCUGUCCUUGACCUCGCCCUGGACACCAUCAAGCAAUACUUUCAUGCGGGAGGCAAUGGGCUGAAGAAAACCUUCCUGGAGAAGAGCCCAGAUCUGCAGUCCCUACGCUAUGCACUAUCUCUGUACACACAGACCACAGAUACACUCAUCAAAACCUUUGUGCGUUCACAGACUGCCCAGGGGUCUGGUGUGGAUGAUCCUGUUGGAGAAGUCUCUAUUCAGGUGGACUUGUUUACACAUCCUGGAACUGGAGAGCACAAGGUCACAGUGAAAGUGGUGGCUGCUAAUGACCUCAGGUGGCAGACAGCGGGGAUGUUCCGACCCUUUGUGGAAGUGACCAUGGUUGGCCCACAUCAAAGUGAUAAGAAGAGGAAGUUCACAACCAAGUCAAAAAGCAACAACUGGGCCCCCAAGUACAAUGAGACAUUUCACUUCCUCCUAGGAAAUGAAGAGGGGCCAGAAGCCUAUGAAUUGCAGAUAUGUGUGAAGGAUUACUGCUUUGCCCGAGAGGAUCGUGUUCUAGGGCUGGCUGUGAUGCCCCUGAGGGAUGUGGCAGCCAAGGGCAGCUGUGCCUGCUGGUGCCCCUUGGGCCGGAAGAUCCACAUGGAUGAGACAGGCAUGACCGUCCUCCGGAUUCUGUCUCAGAGGAGCAAUGACGAAGUGGCUCGAGAGUUUGUGAAGCUCAAAUCGGAGUCUCGUUCCUUGGAGGAGGGGAGCUGAGCACCUGAGCUCCUGUGCCAACCACGUGGCACCAGUUCCACAAAUCAGGGCCAGUGGGAGUUACUGUGUAGCCAGCUUAGGUCCUCAUAGUUAAGAGGCUGACUUCUUCAGUAAUAGAAAUUUAAGGAAAUUUUGGGGUGAUGGGAGUUUGGCUUUUCACAAGAAAGGGUCAUGAAUCCCUGACCAGUAGGUCUGUGGUGCUAGGGGUUACUGCAUAGGGAGAUUUUCCAUAAAGAGAGAGGGACAGACAUUUCUGAGAGUGUCACCCAUUCUUGGUAGACACACCUCCACCCCACACCCCAUGUCUACCCCUCUCCAUACUGCACCUUAUCCAGUUGGACCCCUAUGCACCAAUCACUAGAAGAACAAGUUUAGAGGGUCCGGAGCUUGUGCCUGGUUAGCUAAGUAGUCAGUUGAGCCUAUAGGUAUCACUGAGUCCUAUAGUCUGGAUUGAAGUAUAGCCAGGGCUGGAGCACACAGAAUAGAAUUCACACUGUCCCUUGAGCAGAAUCCACUGGUUUUGUGUGCCUCCAGUGAGAAAAAGGCUUUGAAACUGAACAAGAUACCUCUAGAAAUGAGCUCUGUUAAUCCCUUACCCAGUUCAUAUCUGUCGUGAACAGGAGCAGGUUCAUAUGGUGCUUCAGAGCCUUGAGCAGAAUAUUCUUUGGAACCCAAGUACCAGAGGCUACUUUCCCAGGAGUCCCUCUACCUCACUCCUGUAGGAAGGGAAGUGAUGCUUCAGGACAUGAGAGGCUGUUCUUGUGUGUAUGCAUCUGAGGACUAGUUGAAGGAUCCAGGAGAAAGGACUGUAUUUCCUUCUUGGGUAGGCCCCGAACAAAGCCAAAAAUUUUUGGAAAUUAGUCUAGAAGGAGUUCUCCUCACUUAUGGUCACUGCCCUCUGGCUGUCCUCCCCCUUGUAGAAAGAAUCUAGCCUUUGACUUCACUCCUGUCAUUAGGUCAGCUGUGUCCCCCUCAUAGAUAGUCAGCCCCCUGGAAGAAACUUGGCCUAUGAUCCCUCUAUACAGACCGGAUGGAGGAGGGCCUCGACACUCCCUGGGAGGUUAGAGACAAACUCUUGCAAGGGGUCAUGUGGGCUUCCCAGGCCUUUGCACAGAGAAAUAACAUGGUCCUUUAAUAUCCUUGGGAGCAGCUUCCUGGACUUCCUUCCUGGACUUUCUGAGGACUCUGCAUUGACCACAGCUGUACUGGUCAUUACAUUAAACAAGAAAUUAAGCAUAUUUGCUGUUGUUAAUUAUUGUAUGUGCCAUUGUUACAGGAGAUUAUUGGCUAGUCUGUAAUAAAUUAUCUUAUAGCAGCCUU